AUGGUCAGCUCCCGCUGUGGCUCUGUCUGCUCCGAGGAAGGCUGUGGCCAAGGCUGCUGCCAGACCACCUGCUGCCAGACCACCUGCUGCCGCCCCAGCUGCUGUGUGUCCAGCUGCUGCAGACCCAGCUGCUGUGGUGAUUCUUGCUGCUGCCAGCCCAGCUGCUGCAGGCCCACCUGCUGUGUGUCCAGCUGCUGCAGACCCAGCUGCUGUGUGUCCAGCUGUUGCAGGCCCACCUGCUGUGUGUCUAGCUGCUGCCAGCCCAGCUGCUGUGUGUCCAGCUGUUGUAGGCCCAACUGCUGUUGCAGGCCCAGCUGCUGUGUGUCCAGCUGUUGUAGGCCCAGCUGCUGUGUGUCCAGCUGUUGCAGACCUAGCUGCUGCCAGUCUGUGUGCUGCCAGCCCACCUGCUGCCGCCCUAGCUGCUGCACAUCCAGUUGUUGCCGUCCCAGCUGCUGUGUGUCCAGCUGCUGCCACCCCUGUUCUUGUGGUUCCAGCUGUUGUGAGUCUAGCUGCUGCAGGCCCAGCUGCUGCAUUUCUAGUUGUUGCCACCCCUCCUGUUGCCAGACCACCUGCUGUCGCCCAGCAUGCUCUAGUGCUUCUUGUUGCUGA